AUGGCUGAGGCUGCAGCAAGGCGGAGAGACCGAGAAUUGUUAGAGGCGCAGCAGCAGCAACAGCAGCAGCAACAACAGCAGCAACAGCAGCUGAUGAUUGAAAGGGUCGUUCUGGAAAAUUUCAAGAGUUACAACAAAAAGAGAGUAAUUGGGCCCUUUCACAAGCGUUUUACGGCCAUUGUAGGCCCUAAUGGUUCUGGAAAAAGCAAUGUGAUCGACGCGAUGCUCUUCGUGUUCGGUCGGCGCGCCCAACAAAUCAGACUUCGCAAGGUUACUGAGCUUAUCCACAAUUCUGCCGCCGCUUCUGCACAUGCUUUGAUCGAUAGAGCCAGUGUCUCUAUUUUCUUUCAGGAAAUCAUUGACCCGGAUCCCGAUAGUGACGCUUAUGAGGUCGUUCCCGGAUCUCGGUUUGUAGUAGCCCGGGAGGUUACUAGGCAGGGGGGUGGAGCUACCAGUUUUUCGCUCAAUGGAAGGAAGUGUCUUCAAAAAGAAGUCGUCGCUCUCUUGAAGGCAAAGGGGCUGGACCUGCAGAACAAUCGGUUCCUCAUCUUGCAAGGGGAGGUGGAGCAGAUCGCCAUGAUGAAGCCUAAGGCAACGCGCCCUGAGGAGACUGGACUCUUGGAGUUUUUGGAGGACCUAGUGGGAUCAAAUCGCUUUGUAGAGCCGAUUGAGAAGGCAUCGGAGCAGUUCGACGAGCUUUGCCAGCAGUACCAGGAGAAGGCAAAUCGAAUGCGAUGUGCAAGUACGGAGUUGCGCCGGCUAGAGGGUCCCAAGGAGGAAGCUCUCGAGUCUCUCAAGGCCGAUAGACACGCUGCAGGGGCAAAACUCUUGCUUGCUGCCAUUUUUAGGAGGCUGAGUACUUCAGAGAGGCUAAGAUUUAUGGCUUUAGGGUGUGCCUGCCUGAGUGCUGUGAGCCUGCAGAUAGAGGGGGAAGCAGCUACCCACGUCGAGCAGCUCAAAGCAGUGGAAGCGGAGUGUGCGACGGUACGUGCGCAAAUCGCACGUCACACGGUACCCUAUUACAUCCAUUGCCAGAAGCCUCAAGCUCGGCGAACUCUGAAUGGCGAGCUGCAGGCUGUGAAUGCGGAUAUUGCGCGGCUGGGGUGUCUUCAGGCUGAAAGAGCCUUGCAAAAGCUCGUGGUUCGCGAUGAGGAGCUGCGGGCAGAGCUGGUUGGGGAGGUGUCUCGCCUGGAGGAGAAACGGCAGCAGUUAGCGCAGCUGGAGACGCGGCAGCAGCAGCAGCAGCUGCUGUUGCAAGAGCUUGAGGUGUCCAUACAGCAGCGAGAUGCGGCGCACGAGGCGGACAAAGUCAAGAAGGCAGAAGAGGCAGUGGAAACGGCAAAAGAAGCUGUUGAGCAGUAUCAAGAGAGCAUUAAAGGAGAGGUGCAGCAGCUGUCUGAGGCGCACGUCGCGGCAGAGAAGCUGCUGUUGCAGCAGCAACAACAAGUGGACAAGCACUUGACUGCAACAGGAGAGGCAGCAGCAGGCGCAAGCGGCUCUGAAACAGUGUGCGGAGGCGAGUGCUUCGAAUGCAGCUUCGCUGCAGCAGCAGCAGCAGCUAAAAGCAGCCACCACAGCAGACUUGGCGACGGUGCAGCGGCAGAAGAAGGAAACGGAGAUGCACAUAUCGGAGCGCGAGCAGAAGCUGCUCGCUACAAAAGGCCAACUCAAACGGGCAAGCUCCCAGUGUCUAGCGUUGAUCAGCAGCAAAGACAGGAGACGCGAUGCAGCGGCCGCUUGCAGUCUCUUCUGGCACAAGAGAAAAGACAAGGAAAACUUCGAGGGCUAAUAGAUAGACUCGGCGAGCUAGGCAGCAUUGACACGCAGUACGAGAAGGCCUUCCUAGCGGCUUCGGGAGGCUUCAGCGGAUUCUUCGUUGUCGAAGCUCCCGAAGAUGCCACCGAGCUGUUCGCUCUGUUGAGAGCUCACGAACUAGGACGAUGCAACGUGCUCGCUCUUCGUGUGCUCCGCGGUGUCAUCCAAUGCGUUGCGCAGGAGAAGGAUCUGUCUCAGAGACUGGAAGAAGCAGAUAGAGAAGCUGCUACGUGGAAAGAUUCUUCGGCUCCCCGAUUGCUCGACUUGCUGCGAUUCUCGUCUCCCCGCCUUCGUGUGGCAUUCUUUAAGGCUGUUGGAUCAACUCGAGUUGCCCAAGACAUGGAUCAUGCCUCGCACAUAGCCUAUUCUCUGAGACAACGAGUGGUAACACUGGAUGGGGGUUUGAUUGAGCUGGAUGGACGGAUGGUUGGAGGGGGACUGGGGGGGGGAAACUGCAGCAUUCGAACUGACGGAUUUAAGGCGAGGGUGGCAUCCGCUGGGGCUUUACAAUCGACACUGCAUGCGGCAGUUAAGGAACAAGAGUCUGUUGUUUCCUCUUUGCUACAAAAGCUACAAAAUGCUGGAGGUGAAGAAAUGCACCAGAGGCGAGCGAAGCUGCUGAAAGCAGAACGCGGUAAGCGCACCCCUCACCUCGAACCGGCCCGUCCUCCUAUCUCAGCAGUUUACUGCGCACAUGCCAAUGCCGUGUUUUCGCCACGACAGGCAGCGAAAAGAGACGCGUGGGGAUGCAGUGCACCAUCGUGCAGCUGCCCUGUCUCCUCUGUCUUUGACGCCGCUGCUGCAGCUCUAAAUCGCCUCAAAGAAGAGGCAGGAAGGCAGCAGGAGGAACUGGCAGCGAAACGCGCAGAGGCCCUCCGCACUGCCAGAGACGCCAACAGGCUUAAAGGCUCUCGCUGCUUUAGAGAACGAGGCCAAGGACGUAAUCGAGAAGCAAGAGGAGACAGCGCAAACAAGGCAGACGCUCCAGCGGCAGUUGCAGACGCAGCAGCGGCAGCAGCAGGGUCUCUGCACGCGCUGCAACUCUAUGCACAGAAGCGGAGGGAGCUUCGAAGUAAAGAGGCAGAAGUUAGGGAGGCAGCGACUCUGCGUGAAGAUGCGAAGACUCACCUGGAAGCCUUGAGGGGCCGAAGGAAGGCAGAAUUUGUAGCGGCCUUCGCUGUAAUUGCCGCGAAGCUGAAGGAAACAUACAGGAUGCUAAGUCAGGGAGGAGAUGCCGAAUUAGAGCUUGGCGAUCCAGCCGAUCCUUUUGCUGAGGGCGUGAUCCUUUCUAUUCGGCCCCCGAAAAAGAGUUGGCGGCAAAUUCAAAACCUCUCAGGGGGGGAGCGUACGCUGUCUUCACUCUCUCUGGUGUUUGCACUCCACCACUACAAGCCGACCUGCGUUUACUUUCUUGAUGAAAUUGACGCCGCUCUGGAUCACCGCAACGUCGCAAUUUUGGGAGCCUUUGUCCUGCAGAAGGCGAGGGACGCGCAAUUCAUUAUUAUAUCCUUGAGGAACCAGCUUUUCGAGCUCGCCAACAGACUUGUCGGGAUCUACAAGACCUUCGAUGCCACCAAGUCUGUCUCCCUCGAUCCAUCGCGGCUGGCAGCCGAUGAGUCCGAGAACCAAAAGCAGCAACACCAACUGGACACAUGCGGGGGAACGCCUGGAAAUUCCAGUGGGAUCUCUCUCGCACUUCCUGCACCCCCCUUGCUGCCAGUACUACCUGGACUUUAA